UAUUAGACGAAAACUUACAAGACUAAAUCACCAAAGUUACUUUCAUCAUUAUUUUAUCGUUUUCUUUUUCAAUUAAUUAAUACUGUUUGCAUUAGACUUACACAUCAAAACAAAUAUAACAGAAAAAAUAACUGACUAUAUAAGCAAGCAACUUAAAUUAAUGAAAACACUUUUACGGUUAUUUUAUUUCAAAAUACUCAUUGACGAGAAAUGACCACUUACUGCCGACUUGGAUGCGUAUACAUCACUCUAAUUCUACUGAAUGCAAUUAUUCAAAGUGUUUCAGGCAGUGGUUUAUUUGAAGACGAUGAGGUAGUAGUAACGACAACAAUGAGAACUACAACCAAAAGUUCUGCAAGUUCCCUGAGCAUGUCCUGGUUUGCUUUCACCUUAAUUGGUCUGACAGUUUUUGACAUGCUACAUAUACAUUUGAAAAGGAUUAUUUCUUAAUAUGCUAAAUAAUUGCAAAAACUAUCCUUCACCUUACAUCAGAAUGCACUUCUCUUUGUGCGCGUGCAUCUGUGCAUAUGCAUUAAGCGCCUUUUUAUUGCGGUUUUAUGUAGACCCAGUCUGUAUUAUUGGUUAUCGUUGUGUUUAAAAUUAUUUCAAACAACAGCGGUGUACAAUAUACUUAUUACGUAAAAUGUUUCUUUUACUAUUUGUGAGAUUACUGGUCACAUACAGAG